UUUUAUUUCUGGAUCGACGACGGCAAUCGGCUGUUCCGCUACGACUUGACCGAGCGCGCGCGCACGUCCACGAAGUAACCGUGUUACCAUAACCAUCAUCGUCAGGACGGUUUAACUGCGCGUGUAGCGGUCACGCAAAAAAAAAAAAAAAAAAUGUCUGCGUACAAAAACCGCGACCGUCGGCAGUUCCAACAAUACGUCGUUCGGUACCAAAUGCCGUCCGCGACCGGUCCCGACGAUUCGCGCACGAUCGUAACGGCGACGUGAACCGUACAGUGGUAUCAUGUGGCGGUGAAAAAACAACUACGGUUUCUCGUGCUUUGUUUUUUUUUUUUUUUUUUAUAAACAUCGUUUGUUCGCCCGUCCGCCAUGUUGAUGGACAUCGAUUUCGACGAUGACACACCGAAUCGGUGCACAACGCUCGUGUACUACGCGUGGAAGAUUUUCACGUGCCUGUUCCUGCACGUGUUACUCGUCACCAUGGUCGUGCUGUACUGUUUGCUCGGCGCCUUGACUUUUGAACGUCUCGAAAAAUACCACGAAAUGGACGUGAAAAACAGUAUUCGCGUGUUGCGAGAUAAUGUAACCACGGAUCUGUGGAUUUACACUUUCAACGAUUUGGUGCUUAGAGAAGACAAUUUCACAGAUAACGUGGCCAAAAGGUUGAUGAAGUUUGAAAAAGAUUUGAUUUAUGCAAUUAAGCGUAGUGGUUGGGACGGUGAAGAAGGCCCUGAAGUAACGCAAUGGACUUUCACUGGUGCAUUAUUUUACUCAAUAAUUGUUAUUACGACUAUAGGUUAUGGCCAUAUUGCUCCGAAAACGCUCAACGGGAAAAUAAUUACGAUAAUUUAUGCGAUUGUCGGCAUACCGUUGAUGCUUCUGUGCUUGUCAAAUAUCGGUGACAUUAUGGCACAUUCGUUCAGGUUCCUAUACUGGAAAGUGUGUUGUUACACGUGCACCAGGCGACAGAGACGCGUCCAGUCCCUGAGAAGGUCUCGCAGUCAAAGGUCCACCACCAGAUCUCACGGAUCCAGGACCACGUCGCUAAAAAGAACAGGGCGUAUUUCUCAGCGAUCGGCAGACAGUGCACUUGGGAUGUCCGAUUGUUACACUAGAUCGUCUUAUUCGGACACCGAAUGCAGAUAUUACGAUAAAAUGGAAAGAGAAUACGCCAUGUUUGGGGGCACAAUGCCCGGAAGAGCUCCCAACCGAUACUCACAACAGUCCAGGUAUUCCGAUACCGUACCGUUGCGUAGACACUCUCCGGCCAUCAAGCCCAGAUCGACCAGCCAAAACAGUGGUCCUCGGAGCAAUGCUAACUACUACCAUGGACGAUACCGAGUACCAGAUCCAAAUUAUUCAGAUGGCGAUCAACUAGACGGACCCGAAAUGCAGCAGGUUUCAUCGAUUUUGUUUAACAAAUACGCGUUGGACAGAGACGAGUCUAGGAGAAUUCAUCCGAAACAAAACGAAGGGAUCCACCGAAACGUCCGGGGUCAUUCGGCUGCGCCGAACCUGGCAACGGAGGCACCGCCGUCCGCGGGCACGUUGCGGACGACCCGCGGCAACCGGAGCAAGACGCCGCAGCACCUGGCCGUGGAUAUGCCACCCAUGGACCAUACCGACCAGGAUCACUACCCGAGACAGAAAUACCGGUCGAGGCAUCGGAAUUCCACACAGACUAAACGUUUGGAAGUGAUGGCGCCCAGUCCACGUAUCAUGUCGCCGCUGGGCUUCGCCGUCAACCGACAAUAUCCCAGCAGACGGCCCACUCGGUACAACGAUUUCUACGACGACUCGGACGCGUACGAGUUCGACGAUAACAACCCGGAUCACAUCAAGCCCGUGCCCAUAUGGCUGUGCGUGCUGCUGGUAGUCAGCUACAUCAUCAUGGGCGCGUUCCUAUUCAGGAGCUGGGAGAACUGGGAGCUACCGGACUCGGCGUAUUUCUGCUUCAUCACGCUGACCACCAUUGGGUUCGGCGACUUUGUACCCGCCCAGCGGGUGAUCAACAAGGGUGACAAUACCAAUCUGCGCAUAUGGUUCUGUUCACUGUACCUCCUGUUUGGUAUCGCCCUGUUGGCCAUGAGCUUUAACCUCGUCCAGGAAGAAGUCAUCAGCAACGUGAAAGCCGUAGCCCGACACUUGGGCAUCAUUAAAGACGAGGACGAAGAGGAUUCCGACUGAGGGGAAUGCAUCGUUUACGGGCGCCGAAUAAGGUUUUCACGUUACACGUAUAAUAUAUUUGUACUAUUGUAUUUUAUUUUUACCAACGGUCAAACUCGAAUCCACGCGAUUAGAUCAAGAUUUUUAUAGCAUCAAUGGUCAACUGAAGAAGUGUACUAUAGUAGAUAUUAAACUGAACCCGUCGUUUGUUGGGAACGGUUUUUUUUCUUUCAAUAAUUUCAUUAACAUUUUUGCUUUUAUUUCCGUCGAUUUAAACACCGCUUGUGUUUAAAGAAAAAUUCGGUUUCCAUUAGUUCAAACUUUUCGUUAUCAAUAUAAUUGAAUUCGGUUUUAUACAACUCUGGUUGAACAAUCGAAUUCUUAAAGUUUUUUUCGAUUUUUCACAUUUCGAACUGUUUGACUCGUAUUUUAAUCCAUAAAAUUAUAAGGUUUAAUACAAGAUUCAACGUAUAUAUAACCAUUCGUUGCGCAGCUUACUAUGCAUUUGAGUACAGAUUUGCUUUUAUUGUAUCGUACCUAUCAACUAUUGUCGAAUCAAAUAAUUUUCGAUAAUGUUUUUUACACCACAAUAAGAUGUUAAACGUUCGAAAUUUCACCGGAUUUAUAUCCGUAGUCAUUCAUGGUUUAAAAAAAAAAAUAAUGUUCGGUUCGAAAUGACAGUGAAAAAAAUACAACCCGUUGCGGUCUGUACUGGUAUAAUAAGGACGAGGUGUUACUUUUCGAUUCUCGAUUUUUUUUUUUUUUUUUAGUUGAUAGAAUUAAACGUUCACUGCACGGUGGAUCUGUUCAUAUUUUGUACAUUAGAAAAUGAGAAAUUAUUUCUUCUCAAAAAUACGCUUGACUGAAUAAUAUAAUAUUGUAUAGAGAGCGUUUAAUUAAUCAGCGUUUAACAAUAUAUUUUUUUUAUUUUUAAUUAAAAGUUAUCAAACACCGUUAUUCAAAAAUAUCGCGACAACUACAAUACAUCUCACCCACAUUAAAGCAGCGGCAAUAAUAAUGAGGACUUAACGCGUUAUUUUAUGCGCAACAACUCGACUGUGUAAAUAAAAGUUCAUUGUAUUACAAAAUCGUAUAAUUCAGCUCAUGAGCACAUAACAAAAACGAGGUCACGAAUCUUUGAUAAGAAUCGUUCGUCGUUUAAAUCUUUAAAACCAUCAACAUGAUAUGUUGUAGUGCAUUUCGAGUAAUAGAGCUAUUGAUAAAAUUAUGUAUAAACACACAACGUUAAAAUGGUGCAGAAUACGAAACGUUAACGACUUUAUUUAUCCGACAGACUGUAAUAUGAAAUAUUCUUUAUGUAUAAAAUUUGGUGUACCAUACGAACGGUCCUUUUUUUACCCAGGAUUUCGAAUAUUUGUAAUGCCUAUUUUUCAGUUAAAAUAAUCAUUUUUGUUUAAAAUUAUUGCUAAAUAAAUGUCAUUCUUCUAUAACAUUUAAAUCGUGACUCGUAUAUUUUAACAACUUUACAUUGAUUGAAUUAGCAAUUUUAUGUUCAAAGAUUUAGAGAGCAGUUUGUCGUUAAAAAAAAUGUUGUAUAUAAUUUUAUAACUGCAUUUAUUUUU